AUGACUCUCAGGGCAAAUAUCCCUAUACAAGAUCUGACGGACCAGUGCCCUAAAUUGCCUUGAUUUGUUUCCCUUAGUAGAAAUAAACGGUAAUGACUCCGAAUGUACAGCCUUUCGCUGGCACAACCUGGAUACUCUGAAUUUUAAAAUGUGAAUUAUCCUUUUUCAUGUUGGCUAGCCUCGAGAGCUUGGCAUUGGUUAAUGCACGUCAACUCCUACUGUUCCCUGCUGCUUCAUUCUCGCUUGGGUCUCACUACAGCUACUGAGCAGCAAACAGACAGAUCCCAAUACUCUCAUCAGCAUCCCCCCACCAACACCUCCUCCUCUUCCUGAGUCUCUGAAUAAUACCUAGACAGCAGUCAGUCAGCAAGAGCAGGGAAAUAGCGCGGAUUUAGCUGCAGCGCAGGCUUCUUUGUCUACAUUUAUCAAAACUGCCCGAAGAGUUAAAUGAACUAUAUACCAGCAUUGAAAGAGUUGUGCAUUCAGUGGUGUAGUUCUGGUUCCGUCAUCGGUGGAAUUGGCAUUUUGUUUGCUUCCUUUGUGUCUUUCUACCUUUCACAAUGCUGCUGGGUAAAAAGUUGUGUUCGGACAGCGAUCAGAUUUGUAUGAGGUAAAACUGACAUUAUCUUGCGGCACCUGAACUUUUACUCUGAUUUGGGGAUUAGUGUUUGAGCCACAGAAUUUCCACGAGUUGUCCCAUUAGGAAAGCAUAUGUUUUUUUUCUAGACUUGGAUGUGCAUUUACCUGCAAGGAAGAAUCACUCGUAAACCUGGGUUACACCUACAUACGAUUAGUUUUUCAGGUCCAAGUUCAUCUGCCAUUCAGGAUUUUCCUUUUAAAACGUUACCUGGCACCUUUCUCCCCAUCCAUUGGAGCCAAUGUAGUUUGCAUCGAUUUAUUUCCAGACUACAGUAAAAUGCCUGCAGUACCACGAGAAUUAAGAUAAUAAUGUUUUUGGGAGGCUAUCCGAUGAGCCUGCAUCUGUUGACCAGUGAGCAUUUUCAACCACACUGACCAUCAAAGUUUGCUUUCAAGAGUUUUUAAGGUACAGAUGUUUUCCCGAUAAACUGAAUGGCAAUUGAAGGUACUGCAACUACGGAACUUGUCCAUUGAUUCAGAUCGUGACUUCUCUCCUACACCAUGAAAUCUGUUUUUUAUAGUCCUAUAUUCAUCAUUUUGCCCUGGAUCCUGAUCGUCCUUAUUAUGAUCGACAUCGACACAAAGCGCUCUUAUGUCAGGUUGCCCGUUCAGCACCAGCAGUUUGUAGAUCGCAAGGGCCCCAGGACCGCUGCAGCCGACCCCGAGUUGCUGCCCAUCAUCUAUGCCAUCACCCCCACAUAUACGCGAGCUGUGCAGAAGGCAGAGCUCACCCGGCUCGCCAACACUUUCCGUCAGGUGCCCCGCCUGCACUGGGUAGUGGUGGAGGAUGCGGCCGCGCGCACUGAGUUGGUCGCGCGACUCUUAGCUUCGUCUGGGCUGCCCUAUACCCAUCUGAAUGUGGCUACACCGAGGCGCUACAAGCGAGCUGGCUUACCGCGAGCCACCGAGCAGCGCAAUACCGGCCUGAGCUGGUUAAGAGUGCAGCGGCGGUCACCUCAGGAACCUGGAGUCGUAUACUUUGCAGACGAUGACAACACCUACAGCUUGGAGCUGUUCAGCGAGAUGAGAUCAACUCAAAAAGUAUCUGUGUGGCCUGUGGGAUUGGUUGGUGGUCGACGUUAUGAACGUCCUAUAGUAGAGAAUGGAAAAGUAGUCGGAUGGUAUACAGGUUGGAGAGCAGAUCGACCAUUUGCCAUUGAUAUGGCAGGAUUUGCUGUGAGCCUUCAAGUUAUCCUGUCAAAUCCUAAAGCUGUCUUCAAGCGCAGAGGAUCACAGCCAGGAAUGCAAGAAUCUGAUUUUUUGAAACAGAUUACAACAGUAGACGACCUAGAACCUAAAGCGUCUAACUGUACUAAGGUCUUCGUCUGGCACACAAGAACAGAAAAAGUGAAUUUAGCCAAUGAACCUAAGGACCCUCAGGACACAGUACAGAUUGAGCUGAGUACUUAGCGUCUGACCCGCUGAGCUCCCCGUCCAUCCUCCAAUUGUGUUUGCAGGCUGGCUGAAACCCAUCAUGCCACUGGU